AUGGAGAGCAGCUUUUUCUAUAAUUUAAAUGGGGGUCAAAACGUUUUGGAGUUGAUUAAAAAAUAUGAAGAAAUAAAAAAGCAAAGAAGUUCUAAGGGGCAGGAAGUAGUAGAGAAAUGCAAAGAGAAAUGGUUGUACAAAAAGAGUAAAGAGGAUAAUAACGAAUCCAACGAGCAGAAAACAAAAAUUGGGAGAAAGAAUUUUAUUUCGGAAAAAGAAAAGCUGCACAUACUGGAAAAUUUAAGAACAAACUUAUCCAAAAAUAGCAAUAUGAAAAAUUUAAAAAAAAAAUUAUUUCCUUACCACUCUUUUUGCAUAAAUGAAAUAGAAAAAUCAUCAAUAAAAAAAAAAGAGAUAGAGAAAUCAAAAAAGGAUCAUGUUCAGGUAAAAAAGAAAAGUACAACAUUAGUUCAAGAAAGAUUAGAAGUAAGUACAAAGGGAAAAGAAGGAAUAGAAAAGCGGGGGAAAUUAUAUGAACAAAAAAAUACAAACCAGAUAGAUGAAAAAUUAAAAGAAACUAAAAAAAUGAUUGACAUAAAUUCAUUUAAUCCUAAGAAGGAGUUUCGGGAUAAUAAUAUCUAUCAUAAAAACUAUAGUACACAAUGUACAUAUGGUAAGAAUAUACAUAAAAUAAAAAAUUGGGGUAACAAAAACUUUUGUUCGAAUGAAAACAAAGGGGGUAGGGGCACCACCAUAUUUAAAGAACAUAAUAAAGUAGUAUCAAUAAAUAGAAACAAAAAUGAUUCAUAUUUAAAUAUGAUAGACAGGAAGAGUAAAAAGAACAAUGACCAUGUAAAAGAAACUGUUACUAUGGACUUAAUAAUACCUUUACGUAGAAGUAAAUAUGAAGAAAAAAUAAUUUCUAAAGAAGCUAUAUUGGUAAAAGACACACGGAUGUCCAGUUCGGAAGGCAAAAAGAAGGAAUAUAUAAUAAAAACGCAUAAAAUGAAAAAGGAAAAUUUGCAUGCAACAACCAAGAAUACUACUUUUAACAAACACCUGUCUCUUAACAUAGAAAACAAGAAAAAGACUGUCAAAGAGAAUAGAGUAUCUGAACGCAUAUUUCGAAUCCCCCGCAACAGUAAUAGUGAAGCUUCCUGGGGUGAGUACUCCCCAGUAGGGAACAAUAGUAACAGUUACUGUAAAGUAAAGCAAGGUCGCUUACCCAUUAUGAAUAACAGAAGUGGAGAAGGAACCUCCUCAUCUGAAGAAAACGUACACGCAAGCAACAUCCUCAUCGAAAAUACCAGCUCAGUAGCAAGCUUCCUCAACAACUCACUCAGCAAUUCAGUCGACAAUUCAGUCGACAAUUCAGUUGACAAUUCAGUCGACAAUUCAGUCGACAACUCGCUAAUACUUACUCUCUCCUCUUCAUCUAACAUAAUUUCUUCCGUUUCCUCUUAUUAUACCGAAAAAAAAGGAAAAAAGGAAAUGAUGAGUAAGACUAAAAAAGAUAAUAACUCAGAAUAUGCUUCAAAAGAAGUAAAAGGGGGGGAAAAUUCGACCGUUCACCUGACAGUAGUGGACCAGAAGGAUAAGGAUAAUAUCCACGUGAGAAGCAUAAGCGGUACGAGCGGCACAUGUGGCAAGGGAGAAAAAGAGAAAAUGAGCCAAGGCACAGUAGCAGAAAAUACUGCAAGCGCGGAGGAGGGAGGGAUGCAAGAGGGAAAAACUGGGUUGGUUCACAACAAAACCAAUGUUAGUAUCGUCAGGAGCAAUGUUAGCAGCAUCGUCAAAAGCAGUACUAGGAGCAACGCUGGAGGGAACUCGAGGCAGGCUCGCGCAGAACGGACGAACAACUUGUUCUGCACUGAAAACAGACAUGCAGAAGGAAACACAAAGAGCUACAAAGGGAAUGUGGUGCAGAUGAAGGAAAUUAAGACAAUAUAUCAUAUAGUUAGAUACGAAAAAGUUUUAAAGAAAUUGAAAAAAAAUAUGCUGAAAGGUAUAAAAAGAAUUACAGAAAUGAAUAAUCUAAAGGUGCCUCCAAAUUUUUACUCUAAAAAAUAUUUUGCUCAAUUUUUAAAAAAUUUAAAAUUGUUUGUUCACAACAAUUUUGAUGAAAUAAAAAAAUUAAAAACAGUAGAGAAAGAGGAAAAAAAUAUUUAUGAAAUAUUUUUACAUAGUAAGAAAAAUAAAUUUUUAUUAAAAAAAUUUUUAAAAAAAAAAAAAAUUUUAGCAAAACAACUUCGAAAAUAUAUAAUUAAAUAUGAGAAAAAUGCACGUACUUACUACACUCUUAAUGAUAGUAAAGAAAAAGAACAAAACUUAAAUUACUAUCAGACUUUGCUCAAAUUAAAAAAGACCCUGCUAAAUAGCACCGAUUCAAUCCAAUUAGUCCAAAAUGAAGAAAUGAAAAAAACUGAUAAAAAAAAAAAAAAGAAUGUCAUCAGAUCUUCCACUAAAAUGGAGGAGAGUCCUAGUACAUCGUACCCAUCUAAUAACGAAAACGAGGGGGUUACAGUAAUACCCUCAAAUGACAAGAUGAAAAAAAAAAGUCAGAAAAAAUUUCUGAAAUUUCUGAACAGUGCAGUCGAAAAAGAGAAACAGCAGCAUUUGGAUAUCACCAUAAAUGGAACAAAAAAUAAAAUAAAAAAAAAUGGAUUUCCGAAUAAUACUUGGUCCUAUUCAAAGGAGAAUACUAGUUUGUUCAAUCCUUUAACGGAGUUGAAUAAAAAUCAGUAUCCGCUUCAUGCCUCUUCUAAGGACAGGCGGGAUUUUGGCACAUAUGACAUAAUUGAGACAAAACAGGAAAUUAGUAAAUUAAAAAGAAAGAAAAGAGAAAAUGUGGACAUCAUAUACACUGUAGACACACAUGAUGGUAAAACUGAGGAGGAACAGGGUAGGAUCAUCAUAAAAGACAUGUUGAAGCAUGAUAGUAGUCCAAACGUCGGAGCAAAAGAGGGGUAUCCAUUGAUAAAAAUUGUUCAAAUGAAGUGGAACAACUUAAGCAGCUCGGUUACAAAAAUGGAAAAGAAUGUGCACACGCAUUACAGUGGUGGUAGCGGUAGUAGUAGUAGUGGUAAUCAUGUAGAGAGACGAAGAAGUAACAACACUCCGGAUGAUUGUUUAAACAAAGCAGUAUGUACCAUCAGCGCAGUGGAGAUUCCUACGUGUGAUGAACAAACUUCACAUUGUAUUAGAAGUAAAGAAGAUUUAUUUCCUUUUAAUGAAAAUUAUAAUGCAUGUGACAAACUAAACAGUAAUGUAAAUACCCAUAAUAAUAUUAUAAACUUUUCUAAUAUAGAUAAUAUAAAAAUUAGCAUAAUAAAUCAUAGAUUUCAUAACAGCAUACUGAACAACAAUUUUUAUUUGGCUCAAGGGGGAGCACAAGUUAGUAGAGGAGGGGGUACCAUUGGAGGUAAUGGAUGUGGUAGCAGUGGAGAUAAUAGACGUGGUAGCAGUGGAGAUAAUAGACGUGGUAGCAGUGGAGAUAAUAGACGUAGUAGCAGUGGAGAUAAUAGACGUAGUAGCAGUGGAGAUAAUAGACGUAGUAGCAGUGGAGGGGGUAUUAGUGCAGAUAAGGAAUCAGAGAAAAUGAUAGCUGUCCCCCCUACUGACCUAGCUACUAAUCCGAGUGGAAAUACCUUUGCUGAUCCAUCCGCUUUUCCUACCACCCCCGCUCUGAAGCCCUUCAUUACACGAGGUAACAAUCCGAACAACAAAAUCUGUACCAUAAGACACUGUAAAAAGUUUGUGUGCGAUGGAAACUGCUUUGUAGAAAAUAAUAUACGCGCUGUUAAACUUAAAAAAGAUAAGAGCAAUUUCGUUGAUAAGGUGAGAAAACAUGUAUUCAGCAAAUACAACAACGUUUUAAUGUUUUUAAAGAAACGAAUCUACAAAACAAAUGCUUUGAUUAAAAAAAUUGAAAAAAAAAAAAAAAAAAAUUUUAUUAAGAAUUAUUAUUUCUUUACUCUUAUUCGACAAAAUGUUAAGGCACAACUCAAAAAGUUAGGAAGAAUAAAAAUUAUAUCAAAUAUUUUUUCGAGCAAUAAGAAGUGGGAGGAUUUUAUAAGAGCCCCGGCUCGAGUUAUGAGACGAGGAGCGAAAAAACACUCGUUCGGUCGUAGUUCACGUAGUGUUGACCCUAUUGCUAAUCCUAUUGCUAAUCCUAUUGCUAAUCCUAUUGCUAAUCCUAGUGGUAAUCCUAUUGCUAAUCCUAGUGGUAAUCCUAUUGCUAAUCCUAGUAGUAAGUACUGA